CUUGGAGAGAGAGCGGUCAGUUCGUGUUGAGCAGAGGUAGAGUUAGGUUGUGUGUGCCUGCAGUCGAGAACAGCAACCCGCCCUUCCCUCCCCGUUUUGUAUACCAGUAUCUUUCAUUGUUGAGGAUACACGUAUCAGUGACAGCUGAAGACGACCAUUAAGUGAUUAAGUUAGCGUCAUUGCCGCAUACUUUGCAGGGUAAACACAACCGUUGUCUUCAUCAGAGCACUUCACUUGCUACAACAAUGAAUGGUGUAAUUGGCGUCAAUGGUCAUGUUGAUCUGAACGGGAGCGGAAGUGAACUGAUAUCACAGAAUCUGCCCAAAGGCUGCUGGACGAUUGGCCUGAUCAACUCCAAGUUCCGGUAUCUGACUGCCGAGACUUUCGGCUUCAAGAUUAAUGGCAACGGCGCAUCACUCAAGAAGAAACAGAUCUGGACUUUGGAACCAUCCUCUGCUACCGGAAAUGAAUCCACGAUCUAUCUCAAGUCCCACUUGGAUAAAUAUCUGGCCGUGGACUCUUUCGGAAAUGUGACGUGUGAGAGCGAGGAGCGGGACCCUGGAUCCAUGUUCCAGAUCUCUGUAGCCGAUGAUGGCACGGGUCGCUGGGCUCUGCGUAACGUGACACGCGGCUACUAUCUGGGAGCCUCGGCCGACAAGCUAACGUGCACUGCCAAGGUGCCAGGAGACGCAGAGCUAUGGCACGUCCAUCUUGCCGCCAGACCUCAGGUGAAUCUACGGUCAGUGGGACGCAAGCGUUUCGCGCAUCUGUCGGAGAACCUGGAUGAGAUUCACGUGGAUGCGAACAUCCCGUGGGGCGAAGACACCCUGUUCACAUUGGAGUUCCGUGUGGACGAGUCGGGCAAAUACGCUCUGCACACAUGCAACAACAAGUACCUUAGCCGGGAAGGCAAGCUGGUCGAUGCGUGUAACCCGAAUUGCCUGUUCUCAGCUGAGUAUCACAGCGGUCAGUUGGCGCUGCGUGACCGCCAGGGUGCCUAUCUCAGCCCCAUCGGCUCCAAGGCCGUGCUCAAGUCGCGUUCCCAAACCGUCACCAAGGACGAGCUUUUCUCCCUUGAAGACUCACUGCCUCAGGCCAGCUUCGUGGCUGCCCUCAACGGACGCUACGUUUCUGUAAAGCAAGGUGUGGAUGUAACAGCUAAUCAGGAUGAGAUCUCUGACCAUGAGACCUUCCAGCUUGAAUUUGAUGUGUCCACCAAGCGGUGGUAUAUCCGCACUAUGCAGGACCGCUACUGGACUCUCGAAACUGGUGGCGGCAUCCAAGCUUGUGGUGACAAAAGAUCUUCCAAUGCCCUCUUUGACCUGGUUUGGCAAGGUGAUGGCUCUGUUGGAUUCCGUGCAAACAAUGGAAAGUUUGUGUCUACCAAACGUUCAGGACAUCUGUAUGCCAACUGUGACACUGUGGAGAACAAUGCAAAGUACUUCUUCUACCUUAUCAACAGACCAAUCCUGGUGCUGAAGUGUGAGCAAGGCUUUGUAGGAUACAAGAGUGCCUCCUCUUCCAAGUUGGAAUGCAACAAAGCUACAUAUGAGACCAUCCAGGUGGAACGUGGUGAGAAAGGCAUUGUCUUUUUUAAGGGUCAGAAUGGCAAGUAUUGGCAUGUUGAUGGAGAGUCUGUGACAGCUGACUCUGACACCCCUGAAGGCUUCUUCCUGGAAUUACGUGAUCCCACUAGGAUAUGCAUCAAGAGCAUCUCUGGGGAGUAUCUGGUAGCAAGUAAAAAUGGAACAUUCCGUCUUGGAGACAUGGACUUUGAAAAUGCUACCAAAUGGGAAUAUUAAGGUUCCUUCGCAAUGGCUGUCAUCAUCUUGUGUGUUGCAUGCAGUUGUUAUCAUUGUGUGUUGGAAUGGUGGGUGGUUUAGUAUACUGAUGGUGGCAGAGGGGUACAGAGCAACAUAAAUUUGGGCCAUACUGUUUUAUUAACGAAAUUUUGUGGUAAUAACACACAGUGGAACUGCUUCAUCCAUUUCUAUUAUUUAUUUUGAAUCUUGCAGCAAGAUUGUAAAGAAUUUGUAGUAAGUUAUUGAUAUAUUGUCAUGAAAUAGCUUGAAAUUUAACACACAUAUAUAUAUAUGAAUAAGCUUGAAACUGUAAAGAAUAAUGACUGAUGAGAACCUAAACCCAACGUCUGUCCAAUGUAAGAUAGGAUUUCCAAAGAUGCUUUUAACUUGAAACUCAGUAAGUAGCAUUAAAGAUUUUGAUGUACAUGGGGCUGUUAAGUAGCACAUGCACAGAAAGUAAAACCAGACAUCACUGGGGGUUUGUAUUUAUUUCAACAUAAUCACUGCAAUCUAUAGUAAGGCAAGUUUACUUUGAAUGGGUGACAGAUCAAACAAUAAUUUUAAUGGGUUACAAUAUAAAGAGUUCCUCCAACCAUCAUAAAGAUGGCACUCUCACAUCAUGAACUUGAAACGAUGCUCAGGAAACACUGCAUCAUUAUUUCUUAGGGUGCAAUCAGCAUUUUCUAUUAUCUCAUUUGAUGUCGGUUCCAUUUGUACUACUCUAAUAAUUAAGAAUGAGU